UAGAAAUUUUGACAAAUGAAAAUUAAAAAAAAAAAUCGUGCGUGCUUUUGUUUAUAUUUGCAAAAAAAGUGAAAAGCAUUAACAUGACCAACAUUAAAGAAGUUUCCAUAUUAGUGAAAUGGAGUGGCAGAGAAUAUCAUAUUACAGAUUUGACUGACCAAGAUACUGUGGCAGUAUUGCGUCAUGAGAUUUUUAAAAAAACUCAAGUACGUCCCGAAAGGCAAAAAUUAAUUAACUUGAAAUAUAAAGGUAAAGGAGCCGAGGAUAGCGUAAAGCUCUCAAAUUUGGAAUUGAAAACUAAUUUCAAGUUAAUGAUGGUUGGCUCCACAGAGCAAGACAUUGAAGAUGUUUGUCAUAAACCGGAAGAUAUGGUCGAAGUAAUUGAUGAUUUCGACGAUCAGGAUGAUAAAAAGGAAGAAUGCAUAGAAGAGUCCGCUAUAUAUUUGGCGAAAAUACAGAAACGCAUUAAAGAAUACAAAAUCACUGAGAUGAAUCCGCCGCGGCCGAAUAAAAAUUUAUUGGUCUUAGAUAUUGAUUAUACGUUAUUCGAUCAUCGCUCAAUCGCUGAAACGGGCGCCGAAUUAAUGAGACCGUACUUGCAUGAAUUUCUUACUUCCGCUUAUGAACAUUACGAUAUUGUUAUUUGGUCAGCUACCGGUAUGAGAUGGAUUGAGGAGAAAAUGCGUCUAUUGGGUGUUAACAAUAAUCCCAAUUAUAAAAUUAUGUUUUAUUUGGACGCUAGUGCUAUGAUAUCAGUUCACACUUUAGAUUAUGGCGUUAUUGAUGUGAAACCCUUAGCAGUAAUCUGGGGUUUAUAUCCGCAAUAUACUGCUUCCAACACAAUAAUGUUUGACGAUAUACGUCGCAAUUUCCUAAUGAAUCCACGUUCCGGAUUAAGAAUACGUCCAUUUCGUCAAGCGCAUUUGAAUCGCGAUAAGGAUACGGAACUUUUGAAGUUAUCUAAAUAUUUAAAUGAUAUAGCUAUUCAUUGCAAAGACUUUACGAAAUUAAAUCAUCGCAAGUGGGAGCAUUACGAACCGCGUAAAUAGUGAAUGCUUGCAAAUGUGAAAUUUUAUUCGUGUUUUCUGUUUUUAGUGAUCAAUUUAAAUGCAUAAACUAUUUUUUUUUUUUUUUUCAAAUACAGACUACCCUAUGACCAUAUAUAAAUUGGUAAAUUUGUUCGCAACAAAUAUUGAAGAAUUCGUUGCAAAAAUUUUACAUG